AUGCUGCCUCCAUCCCGGGCGCGCGUCCCCGCUGCUCUGCGGAGCUUGUCUCGUUCGACUGUGCCCGUUCGCACUCUGACCACCACACUUCCUCGUCUCCAGAAUGAGGACAAGGCACUCAACAAGGUCUCACGACACAUCACCCAGCCCAAGUCCCAGGGUGCGUCCCAGGCCAUGCUGUACGCCGUCGGUCUGAACGAGGAGGACAUGAACAAGGCCCAGGUCGGCAUUUCGUCCGUCUGGUUCAAUGGCAACCCUUGCAACAUGCAUCUGCUCGAUCUCAACAACAAGGUCCGCCAAGGUGUGCAAGACCAGGGCCUCAUUGGGUUCCAAUUCAACACCGUCGGUGUUAGUGACGCGAUCAGCAUGGGGACAACGGGUAUGCGCUACUCCCUGCAGAGCCGGGAUCUGAUUGCCGACUCUGUGGAGACCGUGAUGGGGGGUCAGUGGUACGAUGCCAACAUCAGUAUUCCCGGCUGUGACAAGAACAUGCCCGGUGUCGUCAUGGCCAUGGGCCGUGUCAACCGCCCGAGUCUGAUGGUCUACGGUGGUACCAUCAAGCCCGGCUGCGCCGUGACGCAGAACAAUGCCGAUAUUGACAUCGUCUCUGCCUUCCAGGCCUACGGUCAAUUCAUUGCCAAGGAGAUCACCGAGCCUCAGCGCUUUGAUGUGAUCCGACACGCCUGCCCCGGUGAAGGUGCAUGCGGAGGAAUGUAUACUGCCAACACCAUGGCGACUGCGAUUGAAACCAUGGGUAUGACUCUGCCCGGUUCGUCCUCCAACCCGGCCAACUCUCAGGCCAAGUACCUGGAAUGCUUGGCUGCUGGAGGUGCCAUUAAGAAGUUGCUGGCCGAGGACAUUCGUCCCCGCGACAUUAUGACCCGUCAGGCCUUUGAGAACGCCAUGGUCCUUGUCAACAUCACCGGUGGAUCCACCAACGCCGUUCUCCACCUGAUCGCCAUUGCUGACUCCGUCGGCAUCAAGUUGACGAUUGACGACUUCCAGGCCGUCUCUGACCGCAUUCCCUUCCUGGCUGACCUGAAGCCCUCUGGCAAAUACGUCAUGGCCGACCUCUUCGCCCUCGGUGGUACCCCCGCCGUGUUGAAGAUGCUUCUCAAGGAGGGUCUCAUUGAUGGGUCCGGCAUGACCGUGACUGGUGAGACGUUGGCCAAGAACUUGGAAAAGGUCCAGGAUCUUCCCGACAACCAGAAGAUCAUCCGUCCUUUCAGCAACCCCAUCAAGUCCACCGGUCACAUUCAAAUCCUGCGGGGUUCUCUGGCUCCCGGCGGUAGUGUCGGUAAGAUUACCGGCAAGGAGGGCACAGUGUUCACGGGCAAAGCUCGCGUGUUUGAUACCGAAGAUGAUUUCAUUGCUGCGCUGGAACGUGGCGAGAUCAAGAAGGAGGAAAAGACCGUUGUUGUCAUCCGUUACUGUGGUCCCAAGGGCGGUCCUGGCAUGCCUGAAAUGCUCAAGCCCUCUGCCGCUCUUAUGGGCUACGGUCUCGGCUCUUCAUGUGCCCUGAUCACCGACGGCCGAUUCUCCGGUGGUUCCCACGGCUUCCUGAUCGGUCACAUUGUCCCCGAGGCUGCGGUCGGUGGACCCAUCGGUCUGGUCAACGACGGCGAUGUCAUCACCAUUGAUGCCGACAAGCGCGUCCUGGACGUCGAUCUUCCCGAGUCCGAGCUUGCUGAGCGUCGCCAGGCCUGGGAGGCUCGCAAGGCCGCGGGUGAAUUGCCCGAGACUGGUCUGACCAUGCGCGGUACCCUCGGCAAGUACGCCAGAAAUGUCAAGGAUGCCAGCCAGGGCUGCAUCACUGAUGCUGUAGAGUAA